GUGAAUGACAAAGUCUCUUGUAUGAGUUAACACUGUAUCUGUACAAACAUGGUUUUAAAUAUUCCUCUCCUACUUGCCAAGAUAUCAUAAAUAUAAAAGUUAAUGAAAACCCUGCAGAUCAGUAUUUUUAAAAAAACAUAUAUGGCCCUUAAUACGCCGUCGUUACAUCACAUCUAAGCCUCCAACAAAAAAUAAACAUUUUCUAAAAAGGCAUGACCGCAAACUCCAAAUCCCAGGAUGCAGUUGGGCAGGCGCAGCUCCAACCUGCUGGGCAAUUGGACCCGCUCAUCAGCGCUGCCUCACGUCGCCGUGUAGCGGAUCAAUCGAGGAUCAAUCCAGGAUCAAUCAGAGGAGAAAUGGCAGCAGCUCUGUCCCGUGCCCUCAAACUGCCCGGGAAGAAGGGCUCGGAGCUCGGGGAGUACGACCCUCUCACCCAAGCAGACAGCGAGGAUGAGAGCGAAGAGGACGACCUCGUGCUCAACUACCCCCGCAACGGCCUCGGCAGGGACGGCUGCCUCGGCACCGGCUCCUCCAAGAUGCGGGGCGGCAGAUCCGGAAGGCUCGUCGGGGCCGAAGACGAAGCGCAGGAGGACGAGGAUGAAGAGGAGGACGAAUGGAGAGAGCGACUCCCCAGCAAAUCCAGGCAGGGCAGAGAUGAAAUGAAAGGAGUGCAGUACUGGAACCACAGGGACUCGGGGAGGGACAGGAUGGGGGACGACAGAGGGGGGCCUGGGUCAUUGGGAAGCGCUGGACUGGGGGUUUGUAGUAGUGACGUGGAAGAGAAGAGAAUGAGGACGAAGAACAUCAUCCGAACUGCUUUUUUUCUGGUGCCUGUGGUCUGUGCCACAUUGCUCGUGCUGCUUUGUGCUUUCCUGAUUCCUUGCCAGAAGGGAGGACUGGGAAACAGGCCGCAGUGGGAGAGAGAACUGGGAGAUUUAGGAGGUGUCACUCCGCCUGCACUGGCGUUGUGGGAUGUCGACGGCGAUUCAUUGGAGGAUGUCUUCCUGGGUGUCACUGAAUGCAGCAAUGACACCCAUUGCACACAAGGGAACAAAAUUUACAGUGCGGUGGCCUUGUCCGCAGCUAGCGGUCAGGUGCUGUGGAAGAAAGUCACGCGGGAGUCUGUGAUGUACAUCCAGUGCGGUCUCCAGUUCAGCUCCCAGUCCUCGCCCGUGUGUCUCCUCAUCGGCAAAUCUGUCCUCAUGGCCGUCGACGGCACAACAGGGGAGGACUUGUGGUCGGUCCUGCUUAAGAACAUCGAAAUGCAGACGGUGUUACUUCCAGACCUCCAAGGCGACUCGGUCCCAGAUCUGCUGGUAGCCACCCUGCCUGCAGAUGAGGCUCUGGAUCUCUCCCUGACCCUGAUCUCUGGGCAAACCGGGGCCAAGCUCGGCCAUCCCGUGCCUUUCAAUCUCACCGGACAGGGAAAGCUGAUUGGUCCUAUGCUGCAUGAGACGCAACAAGGGGCUUACUACAUCCUGUUUGGACUAGGUAACGUGGAGGCCAUCUCUCUGAGCGAUAUCUAUGUUCGUGCUACUGGAGAAUUGCCCAUAACUCAGCCUCUUAGAAAGAAUGAUUCAACUUGGGAAGCACUCAAGAAAACCAAUACCUCCUCCUUCAUACAAAUUUACAGGGGAUCUGAGCGUGUGGAGUUCUUGCUCCCUCUUGUGGCUGGUUUUGGCAACAACCACAACAGCUUGGACACCGCUUCCAAUCUCAACAACACCAAAUGCGAGUGGGUGUUGGUGUACGGCUCCAGCAAGCUCUCCGUGCUCAGACAGUCGGACAUGCACAAAAAAUGGACUUUUAAGUCACCUCCCAUUCACAGACAACCAACCCUUGGACACUUCAAUAAUGAUGGAGUGCUUGAUCUCUUCUUUCAGCACUCAGCAAACGGCAUCAUGACGGCGCAGGUCAUUGACGGAGCAGACGGUCUCCUCCUCUGGACCGCAGAGUUCGCGUGCCCUCGUCCUCUUGUGGAAGCAUCGUCCAUCUCCACCUCCAACGGCCUAUCGGCGUUCGUCUUCUGGGCCGGCGAGCCAAUCAAAGCACAGAAAAACGUCACCAAGGCAACCGUGGCACCGGGUGCUGCUGCAGCCGAGCCGCUCAUCAGAAAGCUUUUCCUGCUUCACCCUGUGUAUCUCACAAUCCUGCUGGAGCUCACCAGCACCACACAUACAACAGUCACUUCUUCAGUGAGUUACCAGGAGAAUCAGAAAGACGCCUCCUACAUCACCGUAUCCUCCCGGCCCACGCCGUAUUCGGAGCCCGGUGCUCGGAUAGUUAAGAGCAUGAGCCUCAGAGCUGCUAUCUCCAAAGGCCAGAUCAUCAGACUAGGGGAGAGCAGCAAGACCCUGGAGCCCAUUAAACCGAGCGUAUUUGAGCUCAACAGAUUCUUCAGGCAUCUGUCCUUCAAAAAUCAGUGAUGGGCCACCACUGCUACCAUACCGUGUCACAAGAAGAGGUACGAUAAAGGGACUCACGCGAGGCUGAACGGGACAAAAGCUGUGAAUAGCUCUGCACCGAGGACACGCUAAGAAUUCAUUUGAAGCCGUUUACCUCUCGUUAGGUUCACUAAGUAUGAAUUUAAACUUCUGUUACUUGAGAUUUUUCUUCUUUUUAUUUUAAUAUAAAAAUGCUCAUUUGCUGGUAGUAGGGGAUUUUGCUUGUGUUUAGUUCCUCCUGUUGUUUUAUAUCACAUCCAUACAAUGAAAAUACGCUUAUUUAAAUGAUUUAACUUGCAUUUAGGGAUGUCUUUCAAAUUGAAUUGAAUGUUUUCUGACUGUUUGGACUUGAUGGCAUCGGGGUAACUUUAUACUGUCGUUGAUUAGUGACAGUGAAGCACAAUAAUAAUGCUGAUGAAAGAACAUGUACAUGUGUUUACAGUAUGCAUCACUCAUACAAACCUUCCAUUGCCAGUAUACUCACGUGGUGUCAUCCUCAUCCUCACGUCGCAAUCUAUCAUAAAGCCACUUAUCUUAUCAUUUCCGCUCAUCAAUGAGUUAAGUAGCAUCAGGAGUGUGUAAAUAUUGAAUGCUGUACAGUAUUUAUUGAUUUGUUUUAUCGUUUGGAUUGUUUUUAUUGUUACAUAACCAACCACUGUUUGAGCUCUCAGAAUAUGUGGCUGCUAAAUGGUUAUGGCAUUUAAAUGUAAGCUGCAACUUCACACAUUGCAAGAGAAAAUGUGAAAAUGAACAAAACGUGUAUCAUGUGUCGUUUAUUUGAAUGUUUAGAGACGUUAUAUCUUUGUAUUGGUUGAAAUUAUGAAGAGAACCAGGUUCUGAGAGUUUAUUUGGGGGGUGAGAGUGAGUGAGAGUGGCGCAGGGGGGCGCUGUUGCACACAUCCACAUCCAAAAACAAUAUAAACUUCUUAUUCCGCAUUGCUGCUGCAUCAUCGCUUGCUGUUGACAUGGCGUCGGCCCUCGGUAGUCUGGCCAGGAGGCUGUCGGGCCUUACAAACGGCCGCUGCUCGCCGCUGUGCACCGGCAGGACCGUGACACCGUGCCGCACCGCCGUGAGCACGUCAUCCGGCGCCAUUCUGCCCAAAACCCAGGAAGGUGAGUGCUGAUUAGAGGCGUCAGAGUAGUGUGUGGAAAUUACAGCUGUGUUGUGACAGAACGCUCAGGAGAAUAGGGAGUGUCGCUAAAGUGACAGUAGACACUAGACGCGUGAAUGGAAAAAUAGAUCCAUGGAUGUUUAUCUGGGGGUUUCUCUGUGUGUACUCCCCCAAAAAAUGUGUUGGCUUUAAGAAACAGUUCUACAUUCUUUCUCACAAAUAUAGUCAACCUUGGACAAGUUGUUUGAUAUGAACUAACUUAGUUUUUUUUAAUGGUGGGGUGUGCAACACUGGGGAGCAGACCCCCUUCGGCCUUAUCCGGAUUGGUCUGGUAGUGGUGCCCUUCUUGUAUGUGGGGACUCUGAUCAGCAAGAACUUUGCAGCGCUGCUGGAGGAGCACGACAUCUUUGUCCCUGAGGACGACGACGACGAUGACUGAGGGGUCUGUAGGCCUUCUGGUUAUCAGGUAUCACUUUGGCUGAUAGUAUGGGCUUCAUUGUGAAUUGUGGCACACUUGCUCAGUCUGUGUUAUGUGCAUGUCAUGUUCUUUGGCAGCAGCGGUGGGGGACAUUCGCUCAAGGGGCGCCAAGCAAGAGGGGUCUACUCAACCAGGCCAGACGAUAUAAUGAUACUGCAUUUGAGUACAUGCUGAGUCAGGAUCCCUUCUAGACCAAAAAAUACUGUACCACAGCCCUUUAAUUUCACUGUUUUCCCCAGUUCACAACAUAUCUAAUGAAUGUGAAAAUGAGAAAUAUUGCUUUAAGAAAACGAUACGCAUUCAAAAACCUACCACGAAAAUCAGACAUUAAAAAGCAUGUUUUCCCACAUCACCAGCUCGGAUGCACCAGUACCUUUGUAUGAUUUUUGCCGUAUAUAUUUUAGUCAGAAUUAAUGCUGUCAGUGUUUGGAGUGUAGGCUAGUAUAUAAUACCAUUUUAAAUAGGAUAAAGACAUACAUUUUCAAAAAGGCACCACUCGGACUCUUUUCUUUUCUCCACAGAUUAUCAUAUCAAAACCCCUGGGACGAGUCUGAGCCUCAAAGCACGUGAAUGCCUUCCUCAAGUUCCCUCUGCUGUUUUUAAAUGGUCUUCGCCGACACUGGAUUCAGGGUUUUUACCGUUAUCGCCGCGGCAAUAGGGCUGUCCCAGGUUUAUCAUAUACUAUAUUUGCAUGCACUGUCUUCUUAAAUGGAAUGAGGAUUUUAAAAUGCAAUAUAUUAUCAGUGGAGUUUGUUGUGAGUUGGUGGCUUUUGUUCACAUAUAAAACAGCAGUCAUAUAAAGUGUAUACUGGUGUUUGUUCAGGUAAUGUUCUAUUUUCUCUAUGUACUGUAUACA